AUGACUCCCAUCCUCGCCGCCGGCUUCAACGAAGUCGCGACGCAAUUUGACGUUCCGGAGCCAAGGGUCGCUUUGACUACAGGAUUGUACAUGCUGGGCCUUGGCAUCGGGAGUGCCAUCCUCUCCCCCACUGCUAUUCUUUACGGCAAGCGACCGGUAUAUCUCUGCGCCGCGAUCUGCUUCAUCCUGACGUCCGUCUGGUGUGCGCUGUCCCCUGACUUUCCCAGCCUGGUGAUCGCUCGAGUAUUCAUGGGCAUCGCCGUUUCUUCCGUGGAGUGUCUGCCCUCCGCAACGGUGGCGGAGAUCUUCUUCCUACACGAGAAGGCCUAUCGCCUGGGCAUCUACACCUUGCUGCUCUUGGGAGGGAAGAACUUGGUGCCUCUGGUCAGUGCAGUCAUCAUACAGAGUCUGGACUGGCGCUGGGUCUUCUGGAUUGUUGCAAUGGUCGUUGGGCUUUGCUUCGUCCUGCUCUUCUUCUUCGUCCCCGAGACCUUCUGGGACCGCGCGCCGAGACCGCGGAAGCAUGGCCUGCGCCGCUUCUCCAGCUUACAAGGCGCCUUUCGCAGGGACUCAGUCCCUCGCAGUCCCGAUGCGGCCAAGAAGGCGGAGAAAAGCGGGCAAACUGACCGCGAUGUUUCACCUAUCGAUUUGUCUCCCAACGACACGACGCAAAACAACGAAUACUUUACCGAACCUCCGCUAACUCGUGACGCGACCUCGAACGGUCCCUCGGCCAUGCCCGAGCUCUCAGCGGUCGUCAGCGAUCCAGAGCAACAACAAUUGGCACCAGUCCCCUCCCUCAACCCGUACACCGAAUCCCGCCGCGAACAACCCGAACUAGGCUUCGUACAGUCCCUCCGCCCCUACGCCGGCCGACUGACAAAAGACCGCUGGCUGCGCGUCGCCAUCCGCCCCUUCAUCCUCUACACCUACCCCAGCAUCCUCUGGAGCGCGCUCGUCUACUCCCUCUCCGUCGGCUGGCUCAUCGUGCUCUCCGAAUCCGUCUCGACCAUCUACGAGCACCGCGACACGUACAACUUCAACUCCCUGCAAACCGGCCUGGUGUACAUCUCGCCCUUCGUCGGCGGCAUCCUCGGCACCGUCGUCGCGGGCAAAGUCUCGGACCGCAUCGUGCGCUUCCUCUCGCGCCGCAACGGCGGCGUCUACGAGCCCGAGUUUCGCCUCGUCAUGGGCCUGCCCAUUGCCAUCUUCACCACCAUCGGCCUCAUGGGCUACGGCUGGAGCGCCGCCGAGCGGGAUCUGUGGAUUGUGCCGACGGUGUUCUUUGGCUUCAUUUCUUUCGGGUGCACGCUGGGGUCUACGACGGCGAUUACGUUUGCCGUCGACUCGUAUCGGCAGUAUGCAGGCGAGGCGCUGGUGACGCUGAAUUUCAGUAAGAACAUCUUUCAUGGGUUGGUGUUUUCGCUCUUUUUCAAUCGGUGGUUGGAUGCGGACGGGUCGCGGACGGUGUUUAUUGCGCUGGGAGGCAUUCAGAUGGCGUGUCUGCUGACGACCAUUCCGAUGUAUAUUUAUGGGAAACGCGCGCGGAUGUGGACGGUCAGGUGUAAUCGGAUGGAGAGGUUUUGA